AUGCUGCACUUAUUUCAGGUUACGGAGUCAGAUGUGCUCACUGAAUGUUCUAAAACUGGGGAUGAUUGCUGUCUGCCUUACGGAGGCCCUGAUUCAAAUGAAAAUCUCUGGCCUAAUUUACGCACCUACAUCAACCGAAUGCGAUCCCUCGAUUGUGUAAAAAAAGUACGCAUUCCUCCGGUGCAAUACAUUCUCCACGCUGAGUCAAUACGCUCUGGAAAUCCCAACUGUGACAUCGGGUUGGAUCUCGUUUCCCCAGAUUCCUGA